AUGCACAGCUCACUACAACGGCUCAACUCGGUCUUUGCACUGGCCACAUCCGUGCUCCUCUGCCUGCUGGCCAUCAUCGACACCAUGUCCACGCCCCGCCGCAACCCGACGGGAUCAGUGGCCAUCAAGAGUCUCGAGACCGUAUCGGGACGGGCCAUCUGGCACAUGGACCGACGCACGCAGGACUACAUUGUCACCUCGUUCGACAUCCAGGCCAACUUUACCGACCUGUUCAGGUGGAACACCAAGCAGGUCUUUGUCUCGCUCGUCGCAGAGUACCAGGAUGCCAAAAACCAAAGCAACUCGGUCGUCAUCUGGGAUCGGAUCCUGCGCACGCCCUCGAGCGCCUACGUCGACCUGCAGGACGAGCAGAACAAGUACGGAUUCAGAGAAGUGUCAAAGUCGUUUGGGGGCAUCGACACGACUCGGUUCACGUUAAAGUGGAACGUGAUGCCCAAAGUGGGCCAGCUGCACUACGGCAACGAGUUCGCCUCGUCGGCCCUCAAGAUCCCCAGCAAGGUCGUAGAGGUGCCCGCCUCGUCGGCCGAAGGCGGCGCCGCAUCCUCGCCAAAGAAGGUCAAGCAAAAGGUCAGACAGAUGUACUACUGA